AUGUUUCGAUUUGGAGGAGGAGGAGACCCAAGAGGAAACAACAGAGCUUCGUCUCUGUUCGAAGCGCAAUACAGAGCCUACCCGGUCUCGUUCAUCGACCGCUCGGAGUUGGACAAAGGGGACAAAAUCAUCCUACCACCGAGCGCGUUGGACAGAUUGUCGCAACUCGGAGACUUGGAUUUCCCGAUGUUGUUCAACGUUGAAAACGUGAAAGAGAAAACAAAAACGCACUGCGGGGUUUUAGAAUUCAUCGCCGAUGAAGGCGUGUGUUAUCUUCCGUACUGGAUGAUGCAAAACUUACGACUGGUAGAAGGGGACGUUCUGAGAGUGAAAAACGCGCGGUUACCGAAAGGGACGUUCGUGAAGCUGCAACCGCAAACGAGCGAUUUUCUGAACAUUAGCAACCCGAAGGCGGUGUUGGAAACGUGUUUGAGAAAUUACACGUGCUUAACCGUGAACGAUACGUUUAUGAUUGAAUACAACAAUAAGAGAUAUUUUAUCGACGUGAUUGAGGCGAAGCCGGCGGACGGGGUGUGCGUGGUGGAGACGGAUUGCGAGGUGGAUUUCGCGGCGCCGUUGGAUUACGUGGAACCGGAUUAUAAUAGUAAGGGAGGAGGUUUAGGAGGAGGUGGUGGUGGUAAUGCAACGACGACGACGACAACGACGAAGAAAAGAGGAGAUGGAGAAGAGGAAAGUUUUAUGGACGUGGAUGAGAACGGAGUGGUGGAUUUGACCGGCGGAAGUACAUCGACGCGAGCGAAAGACGAGAAAAAAGAAGAAAAGAAAGAUGAAAAAGAAGAAGAGAACAACAAAAAUACGUUUUUAGCGUUCGCGGGGAGCGGGAACCGAUUGGACGGGAAAGCGCCUAAAGUUGGGGAAUCGCAACCGGUAAAAGUAGAGCUUCCGACAACCUCUUUGCGAGUGACGAAAGAGUGGCAGAAACUGCGCGAAGGCGGCGUUUUAGGCGACGCCGAAGGCGCCAACGACGAAAAGAAGAAGAGUUUAUCCGAAGCAGAAAGAGCGGAACGAAAAGCGGCUGGGAAAGUCAUGUUUGGCGGCGGCGCGCGAGUAGCGGCGAUGGCGAGGAAAAAACAAAAAGAGUCCGAGAAGAAGAGCGCAGACGCUGCUGACGGUAAAAAUGGGACGACCGAGAAGAAGGACGGCUUUAGCGCCUUCAAAGGCGGUGGCAACAAACUGAGAUAA